AACAUGAAAAGUGUUCAAAUAAUGGAAAUAUUAGCACAGUAUACACAAUAUUUCUUGCCCUGUAUCGUAGUUAGUUAUUUGAUAAAAAGAGGCUAUAGUCAAAUUUUUAAGAGAUUAACUGAAAGUGAGCGAAUUUCUAGUUCGUAUACUAAAGAUCUAGAGAAAAUAAAAGAACUAAUGCAACUAAAGAGAACUAGAAAGCCAGAUUAUUAUUUUAAAGACGAUUUUUAUAAACUACUUCCUGAAUUCGAUCAAAGUUUUCCAAAUGAGUUUGAACAAUUUGGUCAAUAUAUAACAUUGGAAUUAAAAUGUUUAAAAUCAGAAGAAAAUAAAGAAAAAUUAAAGAACGAGAUAAGAAAAAUAAUCCUACGAAUUGCAGAAGAUGAAAUACAUAAUUUAAUAGAUGGUGAUGCUGACAAAGUACAGGCUUAAAACUACGUUGUCAAG